ACAGUACUACUACUAGAGCUCUAGAUCUAGAUCUAGAUCUUAGCUGUGGCCGAUUUAACGUACCUAAAGCGAUGGAUUACCCUAAGCCCUAAAUAAAUAUUGUUGUCAAAAGUUAAUUUUAGGACAGUACUUCUGGUUUUUAUUAAAGCCAUCUUUUUAAAUAUUUUACAGAGCAGAGUGGGAAAAUCAGCCAUGUCUUUAGAAAGUGCACUUGUGGUUAAACAGGAAUCAAAUGACCUAGCAAUACAAUUUAUGGAUUUAAAAUCAGAUGUAACAUUGGGAAUUUCAACUUUAGAAGAUGUAAAACCAAAUAUAUCAACAUUAAUUUCAACAUCAAAUGUUAUCAAACAAAAUAUAUCAUCACAAUCUUCACCUUUUGAAGACAAGUCAAAUGAAACAGUUGCAUUUUCAACUUUAGAAGAUCAACAGUCAUAUGAAACAUUUUCUUAUUCUAAAGAUAUGAAACCAAAUGUUACAACAGAAUUUUUAAGGUGUGAUGUUAUGAAAAAGGAUAUCUUAACAUUUUCAACAUUUAAGGGCGAAAACGAAAAUAGCUUAGAUGUUCAAAGACAGCUUGAAUUUUUACCAGAUUCUGAUGCUUUUAUUAAAAAUUUUACAGUUUUAAAAUCAGAUCUUCAUCAUGAUUUAAAAGAACUCAAGGAAUUUCGUAAAGAAGUUAUUGAUAAUUUUCCAACAAUGUAUGAGCCCAGGGAUAAGGGAUUGAAGACAUUUAAGUGUGAUAUGUGUUGUCAAAGAUUUACUCAUUUUCAUCAUAUUACACAACACAUAAAAACUCACACAAGAAAGAAUUUAUAUGUGUAUGAUUUUCAUCCGCAACAAGGUGCUAUGAAAAAAAAAAGCAAGAAGUUACAUCCUGAAGACAGAUGCAAUGAAUGUGAUGUGUGUCAUAAAAACUUUGCUCAGAGGUACCAGUUAUCUCGACAUCAAAUGACUCAUUCUGGGCUUAAGCAACAUGAAUGUGAUGUUUGUCAUAAAAAGUAUUCUCGAAAAGAUAAAUUAUUGGAGCAUAAAAAGACUCAUUCAGAUGGUCCACUUGGGCCUCAUGAAUGUGAUGUGUGUCAUAAAAAGUUUGCUUAUAAAUCUAGUUUAAAUACACACAAAAUUAUUCACUCUGGACAUAAGCCACAUGAAUGUGAUGUUUGUCAAAGAAAAUAUUCUCGGAAAGAUCAAUUAUUGGAGCAUAAAAAGACUCAUUCAGAUGGUCCACUUGGGCCUCCUGAAUGUGAUGUGUGUCAUAAAAAGUUUGCUCAUAAAUCUAGUUUAAAUACACACAAAAUUAUUCACGCUGGACAUAAGCCAUAUGAAUGUGAUGUGUGCCAUAAAAAGUUUAGGCGGCGAAGUCAUUUAUCUAUACAUGAAAAGAUUCAUUCAGGAGACAAAAGACAUGAAUGUGAUUUGUGUCAUAAAAAGUUCACUAUGAAGAGUCAUUUAUCUGUCCAUAAAAAUACACAUUCUAAUCUCAAGCCAUAUGAAUGUGAUGUUUGUCAAAAACGUUACAAUCUUAAAUGUCAUUUAUCUGAGCAUAAAAAAACUCAUUUACAUGAGAAACCAUAUGAAUGUGAUGUGUGUCAUAAAAAGUUUUUUCAGAAGUACCAGUUAUCUCGACAUCAAAUUGCUCAUUCUGGGCUUAAGCCACAUGAAUGUGAUGUGUGUCAUAAAAAGUAUUCUUGGAAAGGUCAAUUAUUGGAGCACAAAAAGAUUCAUUCAGGUGGACCACUUAGGCCUCAUGAAUGUGAUGUGUGUCAUAAAAAGUUUAUUCAUAGGUCCCGGUUAUCUCGACAUCAAAUGACUCAUUCUGGGCUUAGGCCACAUGAAUGUGAUGUUUGUCAUAAAAAGUAUUCUCGGAAAGAUCAAUUAUUGGAGCAUAAAAAGACUCAUUUAGGCGGUCCACUUGGGCCUCCUGAAUGUGAUGUGUGUCAUAGAAAAUUUGCUCAUAAAUCUAGUUUAAAUACACACAAAAUUAUUCACUCUGGACAUAAGCCAUAUGAAUGUGAUGUGUGCCAUAAAAAGUUUAGUCAGCGAGGUAAUUUAUCUGUACAUGAAAAGAUUCAUUCAGGAGACAAAAGACAUGAAUGUGAUGUUUGUCACAAAAAGUUUGCUCAUAAGUCGGGUUUAUCUUGUCAUAAAAAGUCUCAUUCUGGGCUCAAUCCACAUGAACGUGAUGUUUGUCAUAAAAACUAUACUCUGAAAGAUGAAUUAUUGUAGAAUAAAAGACUCAUUUAGGCGUUCUACAUGAAUGUGAUGUUUGUCAAUAAGUGUUUUCUAGGAAAGCUUCUCUAUCUCAUCAUCAGAAGUGUCAUUCAGGAAAUUAGCCACCUCCAUUUGAUGUUGGUUAUAAAAUUCUUGUUCACAAGGAUCACUAAUCUUUAUGAUAAAAUGAUGAGUUUUGCACUGAGGUCACAUUGUGAAGACAGAAAAUAGGACUUUGAUGUUUGUCAUUUAAAAAGUUCUCACUUUCAUUAGGUGUCUUAUACAGGAUAUAAUCCUCAUCAUUCUAUUAUUUGUCAUAGAGAAUAAUAGGCCUACAAAUGUAUUGACUAUCUAAACAUUUCAUUUUUAAAGAUUAGCAGAUACAAUUUUUUUUUUAAAUUGUUUAAAUUGUCAGAAUUUUUUCUUGUAAACAUUUGAAACAUCAGACUGUUGUCCAUUUGUAUGAUGUCACUAAGAAUGCAGUUAAGGCAAGGUUGAAAAAUUAAUUUUGUUAAAUUAUGCAACAACAAUCCUAAAUAGUCACACAAGAGAAAAAACACUUCAAGGAAAGAAUGGAUGUCAUAAACCAUCACAGCACAUUCUUUACGAUUACCUUGUUUGAUAUAUUAUAUAUAAAUACACCUAUAUAAAACAAUGAAGAAACAAUGUUGUCUUCUACACUGUGGCAGGUUCAAUGACUUUAUUGUUGCAAAAUAAAUCUUGUACAAUGCAGUUUCACAUAUACAUGUUAAUGUUAUGCACAAACAUGUUCAUGUUAUAUUCAUACAAGUGUUUUUUUUUUAAAUCAUACAACCGCUGUUUCUCUGAUAAAAUUUCAUGCAUUCCUUUGUAUUAUUAUACUUGUUAUAAUUUAUUUAAAUAUAUUUUUUUUUUCAAAAUGUGAACAGUUUAAAACGUUAAAACUUUUUAUAUAUAGGCUACAAUUGUACAUAUAUAUAUAUACCAAAUGUAUAUAUAUAUAUAUAUAUAUAUAUAUAUAUAUAUAUAUAUGUAUAAGGGGAGAGAGUGAGUAAGUAAGGUACUGUUAGAAUAGAGGUGACAAGUUUCUGUAAUUGGGUGACAAAGUGUGAAAGCGUAAGAUUGAUAUAUUGAUUAUAUUUAAAUUUUCCUUGAUUUUAAUGUUUGUUAAUCAAAUAAGCUUUGCGUGUUUUAUUGUUUUUUUUAAUCUCUAAUCUACUACUAUAUAUUACAUGACUUUAUUGAUUUUAAAUAAAUCUUGUACAAUGCAGUUUUAGAUAUACAUGUUAUGGACAUACAUGUUUAUGUUAUGUUCAUACAAGUGUUUUUUUUUUUUUAAAUCAUACAACCGCCGUUUCUCUUAUAUAAUUUCCUUUAUUCCUUUUUAUUAGUAUACUUUUAAUUAUUUAUUUAAAUGUAUUUAAAACAUCAAAACUUUUUAUGUAUAGGCUACAAUUGUACAUAUAAAUAUACCAAUUAAAUACAUAUAUAUAUAUAUAUAUAUAUAUAUAUAUAUAUAUAUAUAUAUAUAUAUAUAUAUA